AUGGAUACAAGUUUCAACGAUAGUUCAAAUGUUUUUGAGAAUGAUGUCCAAUAUUUUGAGACUUUUAAUUCGAUUUUGAAGGUUGUUGAUGAACGUGAAACGGAGUUGCCUAAUUCCCGUGUAUUUUCUUUGUGGGAAAAUGUUUUUAAAUCCGAAAAUGUUCUGGAUCAAAAAAUUAAGAAGUCAGCUUCUUAUCAAGGUUUUCUUUUUUAUUAUUUUUGGUUUAUGGGGAAGGGUGAAAGUUUAGUAGAGCUCGAAAAUGUUCUUAAAUUGGAGAAAGAGUCUUUGGCUGCAGUUGAAAAUGAAUUAGCUAAAUUAAAAAUUCAAGUCGAUCAACAAUUAAAUGAAUAUAAUUUGAAGCGUGAUGAAAUUCUCGGUUUGGUUUUGAAUGAUGACGAGAAAGAAAAUAACGAAAUUUCAAUUUCUGAGCGUGAUAUUAUGGAGCCACAGGUUAAAAAUUAUUUAAAGGACCUCAAACACGCCAAAAAGAAACUUUUGAAGCAACAGAAAAUUUUUGAUAAAUUCACUUAA